CUACUUCCGGUCGGGGAAAGACCGCUUCCGGUGCUUCCGUCGCUCCUUGCCGGUCAUAAUGGCCGCGCAGCGACCCCUGCGGGUCCUGUGCCUGGCGGGCUUCCGGCAGAGCGAGCGGGGCUUCCGCGAGAAGACCGGGGCGCUGAGGAAGGCGCUGCGGGCCCGCGCCGAGCUCGUGUGCCUCAGCGGCCCGCACCCGGUCCCCGACGCCCCGGGCCCCGAGGGCGCCGGAUCAGACUUCGGGUCCUGCCCUCCAGAGGAGCAGCCUCGAGGCUGGUGGUUUUCAGAGCAGGAGGCGGACGUGUUCUCCGCAUUGGAAGAGCCCGCCGUAUGCAGGGGCCUGGAGGAAUCCCUGGGGAUGGUGGCGCAGGCACUCAGCAGGCUGGGGCCUUUUGACGGCCUUCUUGGUUUCAGCCAAGGGGCUGCGCUAGCAGCCUUUAUAUGUGCCCUGGGCCAGGCAGGCGAUCCCCGCUUCCCCUUGCCACGGUUUAUCAUCUUGAUAUCUGGUUUCUGUCCCCGGGGCCUUGGGUUCAAGGAAUCCAUCCUGCAAAGGCCCUUGUCAUUGCCUUCACUCCAUGUUUUCGGGGACACUGACAAAGUCAUCCCCUCUCAGGAGAGUAUGCAAUUGGCCAGCCGAUUCCCCGGAGCCAUUACCCUCGCCCACUCUGGUGGCCACUUCAUUCCAGCAGCUGCAGCCCAGCGUCAGGCCUACCUCAAGUUCUUGGACCAGUUUGCAAAGUGAAAGAUCAAGAAAUGUCUCUGCUCCUACAUCCAGCCCCUCUUGGGGUAGCCUCCGUCAUCUGUGCCCUCCCAGGGCCCUCCACUGCUGUGAGUGCGCCUCACCAGGACCAGUUAAGAGACAACUAUCAAUUCUUGAGACUCAAAUUAUAUGGGACCUGCCUUGUAUUGAAGAAAAGGGGAGCACAAGGCCUUAAUGGACAUUGACUUGUGAAACUCAAACAUGAAAAUGAUUGGAGAGCCCUGGAUUAGAAGGGUGACAUGGGGAAGACAGGCUGGCACCAUGGCGACUGCCACAUAAUAAAGUGGUGAUUUGGA